CACUGGAGGGCAGGUUGAAAGACAGGCAUGGCACGCUUGGCGUGACCCACUGCUAACCGACACUAGCUACUCCUACUAGUCUGCAUCCUCUCCUUUCCCCACAUCCUCCAUCCAUCUCGUUUGCAAUGGCGUCCGCCUCCUACGCUCCCCCUCUCCUCCUCUUCGUCGCCGUCACCCUGGCGGCGGCGACGGGGGCCGUGGACGCGCAUCAUCCUCAUCUGGCGCCGGGCGGCGACGACGAUCGUCAUCUCACGGCGGCGGGCGUUGGCGGCGGGAGGACGCUGCUGGCCAUAGACUGCCCCAAGGCGUGCGAGGCGCGGUGCGGGAAAAACUGGAAGAACGAGAUGUGCAACAAGAUGUGCAACAUCUGCUGCGGCAAGUGCAGCUGCGUCCCCUCCGGCACCGGCCAGGACACCCGCAACGAGUGCCCCUGCUACGCCAACAUGAAGAACACCAAGAACGGCAAACCCAAAUGCCCCUAAAGCUAAACUAAUGAAGCACUCCUCAUGCAAGGUGGGCUAAAAAUUAUGAUUCCAUCCAUCAAUAUCUCCGCCGCUCGACGCUGUUGUUCAUCUUAGCCUGCCAUUUUCCUUUCCUUUUGUUGUGGAUCAUAUAGAAUCGUGUAUGGUAAUGUGCUAAUAAUAUUAGUAUAAGCUAUUUAGGUCCUAAUGAAGGGAAAGGGAGGAGGAGAUCAAAGAGAGGUAGAUCGAAGCUCCAUCUUCCGUUCCCCUCUUGUGUACUCAUCAUCCAUUAUGUAUCUGUAUUGCAAAAUAUGUAGUGUUGGAAGCAGUCUGGUUGGAAGAGUACGUUGGUCUUGAGGUUCA